AUGUCUAUGCACCGUGACUUACUUCGAAUAAGGCGGCAGACGUCGAACCUUGUCUCGUCACCCUCGCCUCCUUCCUCACGUGCCAGCCCUCGUGCAAGGGUGAGUUCGGCUAGAGGGGAACAACGACAAGGUGCUAGUGAAGCCGUGCAUGUAGCAGUUCGUGUGCGGCCUUUGUCUGUCAAUGAGGCGGGACAAGAUGUCAUCGUUUCGAUGGAUCCGUCAGCGAAGAAGAUAUUCGUGAGGAACCGAGGCGAGGAGCAACAAGAGUUUCCUUUUGAGUUGCCCGUAUGGUCUUGCGGUGGAAAUGCGCUAAACGGCUCGCCGCCGGUAAGUCAGGCAGCACUGUACAAAAUGGUUGGGCAACCCCUUUUGGACCACGCAUUUGAGGGCUUUAACAGCACACUUAUGGUAUACGGUAGCACAGGCAGCGGAAAAACUUACACAAUGAUGGGUGACAUGGAUGGCGGCUUUCUGGGUGAGGACGAGGAUGUGCUCAACGAUGGUGAGGAGGGCAUUGUCCCACGCCUAUGCCGUGAGAUGUUUCAGAAGAUCAGAGAUCGCUCGGUCAGCUUGUCUGACGGGGGAACGCUGACGUGGGAUGUGCAUGCCUCCUAUGUGGAGGUUUAUUGUGAGAAGAUUAGCGAUUUACUGAAUAACGGUGCCCCUGUCACUAUUCGUGAGGUGAUCACGGAUAACGAAGCGCACUUUGCGCUCAAUGGUGCGCAGCGGGUUAACGUCCGUAAUUCAGCGGAAAUACUGCAUCUCCUAAAAAUUGGUAACAGACACAGGAAAACAGCCUCUACGGCCAUGAAUGAGCGCAGUAGUCGUAGUCAUGCUAUAUUUGUUGUGGAGCUCACCGAGAUGCUUGUAGUGAGGGGACCCGAUGGUGAGUGUGUCGGUGCCCCAGGCAAGUUCCUUACCGUUCGCCUCGUUGAUUUGGCGGGUAGUGAACGCGUUGGGGAAGCGGGCAUGUCGGGACAGCUAUUCAAGGAGGGUGUUGAUAUUAACUGCAGCCUCUUCACCCUGGGUAUGGUAAUUGAGGCUCUUUCGGAUCCUAGUCGACGCCAUAUGAGGCCACCAUACCGUGACAGUACGUUGACGAAGAUUCUAAAGGACGCAUUUGGUGGAAACAGCAAAACCACGAUGAUUUGUACCAUUGCCCCCACGGAGGCCCAACGUGUGCACACGGUUCAAACACUUCAGUACGGGCUUAAGGCGCGACGAAUUGUGAACAAGCCAUGUGCGAAGAGAGGACCGUCAGCUAAAGAGCUUCGUAAGGCCAGUGAGGAGAUGCUUAGUUUACGCCAGAAGCGCAGGGAAAGGCAACCACAAGGCACUGGCUUGGAGGAAUCGUAUGCUGAUCUAAGGCGUGCUGGCGACGGAGGCUUACAUAAUGGGGGUGCUUUACGUCAUUCUGAGAGCUCGUCGGAAGGCAAGGAGACUUCUCUUGGCGGCUCCAAUUUCGCUACAGAUGAGGAGAGGGACCGUUACAGGAGGAAGAUGGAAGAGCUGGAAGAAGAAAUUGAGCGUGCGAGGGCGAGAUACAGAGAGCAGGGGCGGGAGCUGCAAAACAUAAGGAGAGAGAGUGCGGCUGAGGCUGAGGUGCGUUUAAGGGCGUUAGAAGCCCAAUUCAAUGAGAAGGAAAAUCAUUUGAAGCGGAAAGGUCACGAAAUUCAAAGGAAGCACCGUGAUGCGGAGAGCCGAUUGAAAGAGUUUAAAAAUUUUUCGGAGGAGCGCAUUUCUGACCUCCUUCGUGCACAGGGGGAGCUGAAAGAUAAGUUACACGAGAAGGAACUUGCAGUCGGGCAGCGUGAGCGGGAGCUGCAGGAGGCCCAGAGUCGUGCCGAGGAGGAGGUUUCCCGUUUGCAUCAGCGCAUGAUGCAGCAGGAACGAAAAUGGCUUGAGCGCCAUAAGGCUUUGGAAGCUGAAAUUUGCGCACAGGAAGACAAAAUGAGGGACCGAUUGCGUGAUGCUAUGGAGAGAAUGCGUAAUGUGGAAGAAGUUGCAGCACGUCGCGAGAGUGAGCUUCACCGCAAGUGGUUAGAUGCCCAGCAAGCGACCCGAGAGCUUCACCACAAGUUAGCUGAGAGCGAGGCAGAAAAGGCGCGACAAAUAUCUCAGGAUCGCCGGGAAACAACCAAACGCGAGUCUGAACUUGCCCAUAAAUUGGAAGAAACUGAGCGCGGCCGAAAGGCCCUCGAACGUGAGGCGGUAUCGCUAAAGACUGAAUUGGAUGUGUUGAAGGAAGACUACGAGAUGCUCGCUAAAAACAGCAGGGAGGGUUGUGAUGCGGAGGCGCGGCUUCUCCCCCUUGAGGAGGAACUAAAGAGGCGAGAGGAGCGGCUGCAGCAACGCGAGGAACAGGCCCAGGCAUCACUCGAUGAAGUUCUAAAGAAGCAAGAGGAACUGGACCGCUUACACCUCGCAGUCAUUGCCAAAGCAGAUGCUAUUGAGAAGGAUGCGGUUGCCGCACUUCGGGAAAGGGAGAGUCGCCUUCAGAAGCGUGAAGAUGAGCUUAAGAGCUUGGAGCAUGAGUUGGAGGCACGCUCCGCGGUUUUGGAUGUGGAGGCCAAGUAUAAAUCAAUGGAGUACGAUACGAAGGAGAGUGGGGCAGAGGCUUUAGCUUCCCGCGAACGCCGCGCCACAGAACUGCUUCAAGAUGAACUUCAGGAAGCAUUGCAACGUGUUCAUCUCGACAUGAAACAGAGGGAAGAGAAGUUUGAUCGAAUGGAAGAUGAUAUCAAGCGAUGUCGUGAGCAGUUGGAGAAUCUCUACAACGAGCGGGAUGAGAUGCUUAGGCGUGCAUCCACAUCCUCCGCUGGACGCAGCUGCGUGUUUGACUCGCCGCUUCCCGUUCCUCCACGGGGUUGCCGAAGAUGCAGGUCGGGUACAUCGUGGCCGUCCAACUGUAGCACGAUGGGGACCGGGGAGGAAAAUGAUGCGUCUCUCAGUGGGCGGCAGUUCUCUCCUAACCAAAGCAGCGCGUCGCAGCAAGAACCGCGCUGCUCAGAGAACGGGGUUGAGGGGGGGAGGUCGUCUGAACUGCGUCCGAUAAGUGCUCUUGCGGGGGAGUCGGUUUGCUUAUGGCUCAAGAAUAUGCUGAUCACUAUGGAGGAAAGGAGCCGCGGCUUACUUGAGGAUUUGUGCUAUCAUGAAUACAGUGUCCUCGAGCGGAUGACGUCCAUCGGCUCUCUUUUUUCGUUUGGCGAAAAUGCUCCCAACACGAGGAGCCCUGAGGUGGCCGCCAGGGUGGUUGACCGUACUUCGGUGUCUGCAUGUAGUGACCAUUUGCGCGGUGGUUUUCGACUUGGAUCAAUAUGUGGUGUCGUGCCCCAUGAUGCUCCUUGCGUGCCUAGCCUCAUGCAUACUGAAGCGGACUGCGGUUUAAGAGAUGCAGCAUCGGAACAUGAACAACUUGCCCAGCGUAUAGUCGCGUUUGAACGGCUGCAGCAUCAACGUGAGGUCGAGUUUCAGCAGAAGGAUGAGCAAAUCAGGGAAUACCUAGUUGAAGUGGAGGCGAUGGAUCGUGAAAGGAUGGCGAUGUAUCGCUUAAAGGAGGAGGAACACGAGGCUGCGGCUGCACAGUUGCAGAUGGCAAAACGUGAGUUUGACCACCGUGUUAAUUGCAUGCAGCAAACCCUUUUUUGCCGCGGCGCGCAGCAACACGCUGAGUCCAUAGUCUUGCAGGAGGCCGCUGAACGUGAGAACAUUUUUCGGCUAUUCAACAUUCAACUUCACAAGAUUUUCGCCCAUGAGAGAAACAUGGCGCACCAUACGAACUGUGUGGACUUGUUGCGCCAGAGAGAGGAGGUGAUCACGCUUGAGGAGGCACAACUCCAGAAACGUAUAAGUCAGCUAAAGGACGAGGAGGAUGAGUGGAAAAGACGUCGUUCCACCGAGGAGACGCAGAUACUCACGUACCUAUUGGAGCUACAAAACGAAGAUAUGCUGCGCAAGCAAGCCAUUGGGGAGAAGGGAAGCAGAGAGGACACCGCGAAAUACUGCGAAGACGCCGAACUCGGGGUUGCGGGUUUGUGUAAUGUGAUGCAUCGAGUAAGGGAUCACACGCAGAAGUGUGAACUUGCGGUACAAAAGAUGGAGAGUGAACUGGAACAGCAGGCAGAUGCGGAGAAGGUCUUGGAGGAACGUGAAGCUGCUGUUGAACGGCGCCGUCGUGAACUUUCCACCAGCAUGGAGUCUCGGGAGCGUUCCCUUUUGGACAGGGAAAUGGAACUGGAGGAGUUGACUCGUCGGCUUAAAGGUGACAUACAAAAACGUGAACUUGCGAUACAAAAGAUGGAGAGUGAACUGGAACAGCAGGCAGAUGCGGAGAAGGUCUUGGAGGAACGUGAAGCUGCUGUUGAACGGCGCCGUCGUGAACUUUCCACCAGCAUGGAGUCUCGGGAGCGUUCCCUCUUGGAACAGGAAGUGGACCUACGGAAACUGUCCACUAAAGCAGGGGAUAAUUGUCGUAAACGUCCGGGUUCUCGUGUGGCACAUAAUCAGGAAGGUUCCUACUACGUUGACAUCAAGAAACUUCUGGAGGUCUGUGGAUUUCAACUGCCGGGUGGAAAAGUUGAAUUCCCGGACGGCGCUGACACACCGAUUGAACUGACCGAUAACCUUAUCGACGUUAUCGAAUCACUACGACGCCAGCUAAAGGUAUGGAUUCAAAAGUAUCGUGUGCUGAAGUCAGAUGAGAAACUGGAGUGUGAACGCUGUUUGUGGCAGAAUAACCGUGGUGCCACUGUGUGCCGAUGCUGCGGCAAUGCUCAACUUGUGUAA